AUGAAAAACCUCGGGAUUCCUAUAAAAUCAAAUUACAAUGAUUUUUUUUAAAUGAAACUAUUAAUUUCAAAGGAACAUCAACAAGUAAUUUAAGAACAUAGAGCCGCUGACGAACUGGUCCAAAUUCAAAUGGCAUCAUUAAAAGACCCCACAGUCCCAGGACACUUCCGAUCCCAGCUGUCGUUCAAAGAUCGUGCGAGAAUCUAGCAUCGUUCAAAGAUGGUGCGAGAAUCUAGUCUCCUCGCAGCCGUGUUUUAAAGUUUCGGUCACGCGUCACGUCCGGCAAGGUAUCUAAAAACUCGACGGCCUUGUUUUGGGCAAAGGCCAGAAUUAACUCAUAUUUGCAUAACCGGAAAAAAAUAAGAGGCUCUCUCAACGUGUUUUGCUUGAGCUACGACAUACAUUGUUACGACAAAAUAAUGUGGUGCUUUUGGUUUUCGAAUUUUAUCUUUUUAURGACUUUUACUCAGUGCCAUAACUUCGUCCAGAAAGAUAUAUUUGUCGUGGACGGCAUUUUAUCAGACGAGAAAUUGCAAGAUAUCCUUGCACGACUAAAUCAAAAUGAUAUUCCUUGGAUCUUUCACAACGUGGCAUCUGCUGAAAGGUCUCAUCUCCUCUUCGAUUCGCAUAGAGCUCAAAUCAGCCACAACUGGAUAUCAAGGAUUGUUCCUUCUCAGUUUACAGAUGGUGAUUUCAAGCCUGUCUGGGAAAUACUGAAGCAACAGGUUCUUACAAACUUUGGUAUUGAUAAAGCUGUUUUGAAUCGCGUGGACGCUCAGAUUUCUACCCGAGGAGACACUGUUGCGACGUCUUCUACAAAAUGCUCUGGAGAUGAUCUACUAAUGGUUUUGUUUUUUGCCCCAAAAUGGCAGAAAAAUUCAUAUGGAGAAAUGGUGAUUUAUGGGAGAGAUGGAGAAAUACUGAAAGCUUUCCAUCCAAAAAAUGGCAGGGCUGUUUUGCUAUCUUGCAAAUACAGCUUUGUAUUAAAACCACCUUCAAUGGAGUGCAAAGACAGGCUUCGCACAAUAACAUUUCACAUUUCCUCCUCAAAUGUAUCAUCAACACAGCUUUAUACACAGGAAGAACUCAUGAAGUUCAUGAGAAAGUCGUUUGACUUGCAUUCCUUCCAACCUCUUAAAUUAAUAACUGUUGAUUAUUCUAAGUUGGAUGUUGCCAAGCAUGUUACACAGCAGUUUGUAACUUCAAAAGGUCAUCCUAUCCUAGUAUUUGAUGAUAUGAUUUUACCAGAAAUCCUCAACAUAGUUGCAGAUAUCAUGGUGAAUGGCACUUAUGCUGAUGAGCCUGCUGGAGAAGAAAGUUCAGACAAUGUACAAUGGAUACUUGGAUUUGAGGUCAAUGCAUUUGUUCAAUCUCCACUGUGGCAUUAUGCAAAGGCAGUUGUUCAGUAUGCUUCCAAACGCGAUGGAUUCUAUCCUUAUGAUGUUUCGUGUAAUAGCAUUCGCAGCCAUGACACUACCACUAUUCAUCUAGACUGUGGUUCACGUGAAAAUGAAUACACAAUGCUUAUCUAUCUGAAUAGGAACUGGACAGAAAAUGACCAUGGUGAGACAGUCUUCUUUGGUUAUGAUCGUAAGGAGAUGGUUUUUGCUGUGAGGCCAAAAUUUGGAAGGGUGACCAUUUUUCAAGGAYCUAUUCCACACAGUGCACGACCCCCAUCACCGAAGCGGCAUGAUCCAAGAUUUACUUUAGCAAUUAAGUUUGCUGCAUCAAAGGAAGAAGCAUUAUCAAAGACUCAUGAUUUUAAUGAUGAUUAAUGAGGUGUACUGAUUAAUGACUAAUAUUCCAGCUUAGUAACAACAAAAAAUAGUGAAAAUAAUUACCAGUACUUGUCAAAAAUCUUCUAAAAACUAAAAAUAUUGUUUUACUUUAAGAUAUGGAGAGUAUAAACCAAAUGCAACUUAACAGAACUAUUUAUUACUGGUAGUUGUAUUUAAUUUUAAAUGCAUCUAAUUAUAUAAGAUUUGUAAAAUAGAAUUUCAAAUAAUACUAAKAAUAGGUUAGUCUCCAUUAAAUUAAAUGUCCAGUUUUUAAAUGGUGAUAUUUAUAAAGCAAAUAAAUAAUAUUAAUGUUUAGAAUAAUGUUCACUUUAUUCAGGUUUAAACAGGGGCGUGCCUGUAACUGUAUCCGCCUAGAUUGUCAUGGCGCAGACAAGGUAAAUAGRUUUCAGCGUACAGCUCAGCCUAGAGAUUGCAAUUAAGGCAUUAAUUGAUUAUUGGACAUUACACUYUCACUGCCUAAAUUAAAGGGUUAUACAAGCCUUUUCUAAUCCAAAACACACACUAAACCUCCUGAUUUCACAAGCCAGAGAGGAUGUAUUUGACAUAUUGAGAGAGAUAGUGCAAAAAUCAAAAUGCCAUGACCACAUACUGUACUUGUGGCAACCAACCCAAUGUGCUGUAUGGUGUCAAUAUUCCAGUCAUGUUUCCUCAACAAUAGACAAUUUCAUUUGCCAUGCUGUGAUCUGUGCCACUGCAUGAACAGCCAUGAAAUCUUCUCCAAAGCAGUGGAAUAACCASUGUCAAUUUGUUGYGUAUCCRGGACAUGAUUGAUGAGAAGGAACUCAGAACUCAAGAUGACUUCUGAAGGAAGCAGUAGACUAGCUUCUGGAUGCAGGUAAGUAUUCAAAGAUAUAGGAUAUUCACAGAUAUCCACUUCCACCCUGGUUUACCUGUCUAUGAAAAUGUCUUCAAAAGUUACAUGAGUCUAGACCUUGACCUUUCAUCGAUGUUUCAGGUGCAAAGAGAAAAAUAUAAUUUAUCAAACAUUGAUUUUUAUUAAUAAGACCA